CUAAAAAGGUGGGUCCUGUAAAACAGCAGGUACACUCAAACUCUGGAGGCAGGACACACAGAAAGAGCUUCUCUAUCUUUAACAUCCAUGCUUCCCUUGCACUCAGCUUUUCAACUGGAUUCCCAUCCAUCGAGCUGUUUUCCACUCCAAUUUUUAAUCCAUCCAACCAUCCAAACUUCUUUUCUAGCAAAUGUUAUUUCGCCCUAGCUGAAGGGCUUAGAUGGACUGACGCUUUCUCUGCAUUAUCUCCUCGGUCAUCCAAAAUGGAGGAGCUCCAGAGGAAACUGAACCAGCGCUAUGAAGGCACCAAGCCCAGAAAGGUGAGGUUCAAGCUGGCAUCAUCCUAUAGUGGCCGGGUGCUGAAACACGUGUAUGAGGACGGUCAGGAGCUUGACAGUCCAGAGGAGAAAUAUCCUCACAGCUUCAUCCACCGUAAAAUCCCUCCCAGCCACCUUGAGAUGGAGCAGCUUUGUGGAUUUGAGGACACACAUGGGGACCAACAGGGGUGUUUAUCUCCAACAGGGCUCAUUGCCCAAAGAAUAAACGUAUACAGAGGAAUAGGAAGCUACAAGGCUGCUGCUGGUAAGACUGAAGAAGCAGAAGGAGACAGCAAGUCUUCAAUGUUGGACUUUGGCAAGAUAAUCAUCUACACCAGCAAUCUACGCAUCAUAAGAGCACCUCCGAAGAAGCCUGAAAUGUUCCGCCAACAUUCAGUUCCUCCAGUAGACAUGGAGGGACACCCAAAGGCCAGGGAAAGGGGGAGCAGGAGGAGGACCAAAGCUCUCUACACACAGGAAGGGUGGAAAAGGAGGAGAGGCAGAUCAGGUGACACAGAAACCCAGGAGGCCGACAGCUGCCAGCAUUGUGGCGGCUCAGGCUGCGCUCCCUGCUCGCUGUGUCAUGGUAGCAAGCUGUCCAUGCUGGCGAACCGCUUCAACGAGUCCAUCAGCGAUCUGCGAUGCCAAGCUUGCUACCCCCAUGGUCUGGAGAAGUGCCAGUCCUGCUCCAGUAAAUAGCACCAUUUGGCUGACACCCAUGUCUGGGAGCGAGAGAGUGAGCAAGUGUGCAGCCGUGAGUGAGUGUGUGACAGAUGUGCUAUCUGGUUGUCAGAACUAUCUCAGUGGCAAUAUUGCUCUAAUCCAAAAUGGUCUUGGUGGGAUGAUUUGAAGCACUACAAGAAGACAUUAGCCAUUACUGAAGAGGGGGAUUGUGAAUACACAACAGACUAAAAAUCGUAAAUUACAAUUGUUGUGUGCAGUGAAUGUGGCUUGAGAUAACAAAUGUGUAAACACUUCUUGUUUCAGGUUAUUUUGCAUCUGUACAUCUUCCUGAUAAUAGCUGGUUCCACAACAAAGUCAUCAUCUUAAUUAAAAUGAUACAACAUUUUGAGGUUUGUUGUGUCUACUGAGAAAGCUGCUCUGCUCCUAUCUUCACUGUCUAUUCACCAGAGACUGAAACCUUUAUUAUUUCAACAUGAUGGAGGUAAUUGAUAGUUUUACUUUUGAAAGUGGAAGAAGAAAGACACAGGAACAUAAUGAGGUUGAGACAGAGAGAAAGAAAGAAAGUUAGAGAGAAGAAAUAAGAAAAACAUGAUGGCUUUAUAAAUAGUAACAGCUUUAAUCAGGAGAUGAUUUUAAGGAGCUUAAAGGAGGGUGAAAGUGUAAAGCCAUUUGAAUUCUAGCCGACCACAACUUCUUUUGUUAGUAAAGAAUGAUGUUACUCGUCUUUUAAAGCCACAUUUCAAGUUAGCAGAAUGAAUGUCUUAUAUCUUAUGCACACUGACUUUUACUGGAGUAUCACAAUAUACAGUAUAACAAUAUUGUUAUGGUGUGAAAGAGAAGGAAAAAUGAGAGCAGUGAAAUAUAUGACAGAGUAGAGCAGCUCAGGAGGUCUGUGCUCAAAAUUAAAGCUUGGGUGGGCAGAAAUCUGAAAUAUCUGGAAUAGAUAAAUAUAGACAAUAUUUUGUUGAAAACCAAACCCUUUUUAAUAUUCUCUGUAAUCCUGUCAUCCGUAAGUAUGUGCCUCAUAUGUUGCUGAAACCUCAUGCUAUUAAGGUGUGUUGGUCUUCAAGUCAGAGAAUUCCCCUUCUGUUUGAGGAUUAUUGUUUGGUUAGGUUUAGGUAUUAAAGGAUUGUAUUUUCUCAGAAGUCUGAUAUUGCCUGAAAAACACAACAAAACUUACUUUUAUAGAAAUGAAUGACCCUUCAGACUUUUUAAUAGAAAUGUUGGUGUGGUCUUUGCCACCUUUUAAUCCUCAAAACCUGAAGUGUUUGCUCUCCUAACUGUCACAUUGCUGAUGCUCAGGAACCUGCUGCAUUUGUUUUGAAGGCCCAGAAUACCCCUAAAUCAUCACUUGUGGAUGUGCAUUUUCCUGGGCAAGACACGUUGCCAUGGAGGAGUAGAAAAUUCUAGCAAAGAUGUAUGCAAUGAAAUAUAUGUUAUUGUAUAUUUAAAUGCCAGAGGUUUAAAUAAAAGGCAGAGAUAAAAGGCACAGCAGUGUCAAAGUUGGAUUCGAGUAGAAGUCUCAUGCUUGGGGAAGUUUCUUCCUUCUUCCUCUCUAAUAAUCAAAACCUGUGUUACUUGUUGAUGACAUCUCAUGAGAGGAGAAUAAUGCUCCUGUAGCUAUUUGUUAUUGGAACAGCUGGUGCAUCAGAGCCACAGAAAGGGUCCCUGGCAAUAUACAGCUACAGAGCAGCUCUCGGUGCAUUAAAAAGUUAUAGGAAGGACCCAAUCAAGCAGCGGUAUGUGAUAAGCUUGAGGAUUAAGAUAUGUUCAGUAACCAAAUAAGUAAAAGAGAAGCUUGUAGCCUUUAGUGGCACCAGCAUCUAAUUUCAGCACAUGGUCAUGCCUUCCACCAUGUAAUGUGGUGUCACUGAGUAGAUUAUCUGAAGCCUUAAAAUAGAAGCUAAGUGGAUGGCUUCAGAAUUCGCCUGUUAGGACUCUUAAAUUACUAUAUAAUAAAAAGUUUUCUUUUUCUUUUGGCCAAAACAGAAGUCUGCCUGCCACAGUUUUAAUAGUUAAUUAAUUUCUUUUGUUUGCAACAGCUUUCAAAUCUUUAUUCACGCAGUUUUUUGCAUAUUGUCUUAAAUAAAACUUUUAAAUGAUUUUGUAAUAUUUUUUAUUGUGUCCAUGAACCAUUGUACAAAUUUCUUUCUUGCCUGCUUAAUUUAUAUCAAAUUCAGAUUUGCUCUGUGACCUUUUAGCUUUGAUUUUAAUGAGUUAGAGUUAUUACCUUUUUAUCUUUUGAUCUGUAUCCUUAGUCACAACUGUGUCAUAAAG